UUACUUCAGGCACCUUAAGGGAAACCCUGACCGGACUGAGUAGCUGUCGCGCAGUAGGAACCGUCUUGUGGUGGGGCAGUAGAGGUGUAGCCAAAAAAAAAAUCAUAAGUCGGGCUAAGUUCCCAACAUAGACCUGGGUUAUUUUGCGCUCCCUAUUUUGUACUUCCUGUUUCAAAUCUAAAUUGUAACUGUUCUAAAGUGGGGACAAAAUCCCAGCCCAACAUAGAAGUCACUUGCACAGCGAUACUGUAGAACUGUAGUCUUGCUUUGUAAAGUUUGACACGUUUCUAUUGACAGCUGAUGAAAACAGGCUGCGUAGAAUGCAAUGUUGAAACGGUCCCGGGGCCUCUUUUAUAUAAUGAAUGACGAGAUAACUCUGACAGCACACGUGAUGAUUUUACUGGACUAAAGGUACAACUGAACAUUGGGUGGCGUUACGCCUGCUAAUCACCUACUUCCCUGUACUAACAAACCCCACCCAAACAGGUGCAACAGAGCUGACAGGAGAUUUGGGAGGGCGAAAGUCAAACACAGACCUGAGAAGAGGUCGAAUCAGCCAAAGUCAUGAAUAUUAACCCUAUAUGGAUAUUCUCCAUAUGGCUUUUUCAAGAAAAUCGGCAUCCAUGGACCCAAACCUUUGCCCUUUAUUGGGACAUUUUUGGAGUACAGAAAGGGCAUCCAUAAUUUUGAUACACAAUGCUUUCAGAAAUAUGGGAAGGUAUGGGGGAUUUAUGAUGGCAGGCAGCCUCUCCUGGCUGUAAUGGACACAACUAUGAUCAAAACGAUCUUGGUUAAGGAGUGCUAUUCUGUCUUCACCAACAGACGGGAUCUGGGACUAAAUGGACCCUUAAAGGAUGCUGUAUCAGUAGUAGAAGACGAGCAAUGGAAGAGGAUUCGCAGUGUACUCUCUCCAUCUUUCACCAGCGGCCGACUGAGAGAGAUGUACUCAAUAAUGUUGAAGCACUCAAGUAAUCUAAUCAAGAGUCUUCAGAAGAAAGCAGAGGCGGAUGAAGUCAUAGAGGUUAAAGAUGUAUUUGGACCUUACAGCAUGGAUAUUGUGACCAGCACUGCUUUCAGUGUGGACAUUGAUUCCAUCAACCAUCCCUCUGAUCCUUUUGUUGCAAACAUUAAGAGACUGGUCAAGUUCAACUUCCUGAAUCCAUUGAUGAUUGUUAUCAUUCUGUUUCCAUUCAUGGGACCGGUUUUUGAGAUGAUGAAUGUGUCAUUCUUCCCUGCUGAAGUGAUGAAUUUCUUCUACAAUUUUCUAAAGAAGAUCAAAUCAGAACGGAAUAAGAAUAACUGCAAAAAGCGAGUGGACUUCAUGCAGUUGAUGGUGGAAUCUCAGAUUUCAGAGAAGAACCAAGAUGAUACCAGCUCCCAAAAAGGGCUGACUGAUCAUGAGAUCCUUUCUCAGGCUAUGAUAUUCAUCUUUGCGGGCUAUGAAACCAGCAGCAGUACACUGGCCUUUAUAGCCUAUAACCUGGCAACCCACCCUCACAUCCAAAAGACCCUGCAAGAGGAGAUUGAUGAAACCUUCCCAGAAAAAGGUCAACCAACCUGUGAAGCCCUGAUGCAUAUGGAAUACCUGGACAUGGUGAUCAAUGAGUCAAUGAGGCUGUAUCCUGUUAUUACUCGAUUAGAGAGAAAGUCAAAGGCUUCUGUUGAAGUGAACGGUGUGACCAUCCCUAAGGAAACUGUCAUUUUUAUACCAGUUUACACUCUCCACCGUGACCCUGUUUUGUGGCCUGAGCCUGAGGCCUUCAAACCUGAAAGGUUCAGCAAGGAGAACAAAGACAAUAUAGAUCCUUAUGCCUUCCUACCCUUUGGAUCAGGGCCAAGGAACUGUAUUGGCAUGCGAUUUGCUCUCUUGACGAUGAAACUGGCCCUAGUGGAGAUCCUUCAGAAAUUCAGCUUUGUCACUUGCAAGGAGACAGAGAUUCCCUUGGUGCUGUCAACUGAUGGAUUUGUCUCACCCAAGGAGCCCAUCAAACUGAAGCUAGAGCCCAGAGCACGUGCUGCUGAUUCUACUUCAAGCUAACCCUGAUAAUCUGUA